UCUCUUCGUUCACUCGAUGAUGAUUGAUGAUCCAGUUGGGAUGGAGCCCAAGACACGAGAAGGAGUUGAUAGUCAAGUGGUAACACAAUAUUCUCUGAAGGAAGAAAAGGAACCCUUAAAGGAUUGGAUACAACAAAGUAUUCAAGGUCUUGGAGUGGGGUUAUCAAGUACUUUUGUAUUGGUCUAUCGUGGAGUGGACUUUCUACAUAACAAAGCAACCACUCUUGUAGACCAGCACAAAGAUAUCAGUACAAGUGAAGUUGCAAAGAAUAGCUUGCAAGGAUUUUAUUCUGGUGCACUAGCAGCAGGAAUGGUUGCCUAUUUAGGUGCGCUAAACUUGUUCCAACGUUUCCAAGAAUGGAACAUAAAGAACCCAUCCUCAACCCAAAAGGAAACAAAGCUGGAGCCAAAAUAGUCUCCUUCACUCGUCCAAAAAGAGACAAAUUGACCGAGUUCAGUUGUAUGAUGUUGCUUUUGAAUAAACCUGUGCUUGUAUGUUCAUUCCCCCCAAAAAAUGGGUUUGGCAUCCAACAACUACGAUAAGUUGUCUAGUAAAGGAUAGAUCUGUAAA